AUGGCAUCUAUCUCUACUGCUGCUGAGGCAGUUGCGAGAAUCGCAUACUUGUCUAGUGAUCUCGUUCUGUCCGUGCAGCCUUCCCUCCAGACGGACUCAGCGUUCUCCAAGUCUCUCAAGACCUUGAAGGCCAACAAAACUGCCAGCGCUCUUUCCAGAGGUACCCCGGUGGUGCAAGCUGUUCGCCAUAUUGAGGACCCCCUCCUUUCUGCCUUCCACCCUUUGCGCCAAGGCGAGUCGGUUUCCGUCGUCACUAGCUCUUCGGUCCUGAUCACUGCCGUUCCUCACCUCUACCGCCUUGCCAACUUCCCCCUCGUCAUCCAUGUCGCCCUCGAGUCCUCCCCAUUCCCUGACUACUCCAUCAUCAGCUCCAUUCGCCAGUGCGGCUUCACAUUCCUGCACUCGGAGACUAUCCAGGAAGCUCAAGAUAUUGCCUUGACUGCCCAUGCUCUGGCCAUCAAGUCUGGAAAGGGUGUCAUUCACUUCUUUGACCCCGCCAACUCGGCCAAGGAUUCCUCAAUUGCUGCCGAGAACGUCGAGCUCGUGAAGAGGAUCUUGAACCUGGGUGGAAAUGUUGCUACCCACACCUCGACCGGAGCCGAGACUUUGUAUGCAGACUCUGGCCGUGCCGCCACAGUCUCCGCCGACGGCGUGGAGAUUCCUCCUGCUGAUCAGGGCGAGGCGUCGGUUGGGUUGACUGUCCCUUCUCAGACCCAGACUCCUCUGGCAGUGAGCGUCGAUAACUCUUCAGUUGGCUCUUCUCGCCGUGAAAGCAGCGCCGGAAGUGAAGCUCCCAGCUCCACCGCCACCACCGUGGACUACUCCAGCGUUCGUCCAGUCAACGCGGCUGACGUUUUCGAGUGGACUCGUCAGAUUUGGACUGCCUUGUCAAGGGAGACUGGCCGCACCUACAGUGCCAUUGAGUACACCGGUCCCACUGAUGCCCAGUCUGCCGUCUUCAUCUUCGGCUCUACUGGCGUCUUCGCUGAUGCUCUGUCUCACGCCGAGGCCGGCAGCGAUCUUGAGAACAUCGGUCUUAUCACUGCUCGUUUGUACCGCCCCUGGGUCGGUGGUCAGAUUGUGAACUCCAUCCCCGCCUCAGUCGAAAAGAUUGCUGUUCUGGAGCAGGUUCGUAAGACCACCAAGUGGGGUCCCUCCUUCAUGGAUAUUCUUUCCAGUGUUACCCCCUCCUCUGUCCGUGGACAGGCUCUCAAGGCUGUUGGCUACCGUCUGGGAUACGUCGAGCCUUCCACUGCUGUGCAGGCUCUCCGUGGCAUCAUCCAGAACCUCCAGUCCUCAUCUCCCAUUCAGAACCUGGAAAUUGGCAGUGCCCGGACCCCCGCGGUUCCGGAAACACUCGAGCAGCCCCACAUUGAGAAUGCUUACCUGAAGAUUCUGAACCAGCUCUUUGGCGAGCGCCUAUACAUUGCCAACCAGCUUGGUGCUAAGAACGCGGGUAUUUCUUCGACCAUCGCUGCUAGCCCCGAGUAUGGCUUCGGCUCUCUACUUGCCCGCAAGGAGCACCGUGAGCGUUUCAUUCGCGAGGUUGAGGAGGCCUCCAAGUCGACCACCUUUGCCACUGAUGUCCCCAAUACUUGGCUCUCCCGGUGGGCCUUGAACGUCAAGGAUGCUGCUAAGGCCAACAAGAUUGCUCCAGAUGUUAUCGCCCGCCUCUCCAACGAUGGCUCUCGGCUGUCUCGCGAGCUCCUGCAGUCCAAGAAGCUCUUCUACGAGGAGUCUCAGUGGCUCAUUGGCUCUGAUGCCUGGGCUUAUGAUCUUGGCAACUCUGGUGUGCAUCAUGUCCUCGCCUCGGGUGCGAAUGUCAACAUGUUGAUCAUUGACUCGCAACCUUACUCCGAGCGCACUGCUGCCGAUCCCACCCGCCGCAAGAAGGACAUUGGUCUCUACGCCAUGAACCUCGGCAACGCCUACGUUGCUUCCACUGCCGUGUACAGCUCUUAUACCCAGGUCCUCCAGGCUAUGGCCGAGGCUGAGCAAUUCAAUGGCCCCUCGGUCGUUGUCGCCUACCUUCCUUACCACAAAGAGAACGACUCUCCUCUCACCGUUCUCCAGGAGACCAAGAAGGCUGUCGAUCUUGGCUACUGGCCGCUGUAUCGCUGGAACCCCGCUAACGAGGACAAGGGCGAGCCCAAGUUCGCCCUUGACUCCGAGCGCAUUAAGCGUGAGCUUGAGGAGUUCCUUCGCCGGGACAACCAGCUCACCCAGCUGAUGAACCGCCAGCCCAAGUUCUCGUCUGUUCUGUCUGAGUCGUACGGUACCGAGGUUCGUGCCCUGCAGAAGCGCAAGGCUAAGGACUCUUAUGAGAAGCUCUUGGAUGGCCUCUUCGGAGCUCCUCUGACCAUCCUCUUUGCCUCAGACGGUGGCAAUGCCCAGAACCUUGCCAAGCGCCUGGGUAACCGAGGCCGUGCCAGGGGUCUGAAGACCAUGGUCAUUGCUAUGGACGAGUACCCCAUCGAGGAUCUGCCCACUGAGGAGAAUGUUGUGUUCAUUUCUUCCACUGCUGGCCAGGGUGAAUUCCCCGUGAAUGGUCGCAGCAUUUGGGAGCACAUCAAGAACUCUGGAGAUCUUGACCUUUCUUCCAUUCACUACUCGGUCUUCGGCCUUGGUGACAGCCAUUACUGGCCCCGUAAAGAGGACAAGAUCUAUUACAACAAGCCUGCUAAGGAUCUUGACGCUCGUGUCUCCUUCUUGGGCGGUCAGAAGCUCGCUGACAUUGGCCUCGGCGACGACCAGGACCCUGAUGCUUACCAGACUGGCUACUCUGAGUGGGAGCCCCGUCUUUGGAAGGCUCUGGGUGUGGACAACGUUGAGGGUCUGCCCGAGGAGCCUGCUCCCAUGACCAACGAAGAUAUCAAGAUUCAGUCCAACUACCUGCGCGGUACCAUUGCGGAGGGUCUUUUGGAUGAGUCUACUGGCGCCAUCUCCGCCAGUGACCAGCAGCUGACCAAGUUCCACGGUACCUAUAUGCAGGACGACCGUGAUCUUCGUGAUGAGCGCAAGGCUCAGGGCCUCGAGCCUGCCUACAGCUUCAUGAUUCGUUGCCGUCUUCCCGGUGGUGUUGCUACCCCUACUCAGUGGCUGCAGAUGGAUGCCAUCAGCAGCUCUCACGGUAACGAGACCAUGAAACUCACUACCCGCCAGACCUUCCAGUUCCACGGUGUCAUCAAGCGUAAGCUUCGUGGCGCCAUGCAGGCCAUUAACAAGUCUUUGAUGGACACUAUCGCUGCUUGUGGUGAUGUCAACCGUAAUGUCAUGUGCAGUUCCCUGCCGGAGCUGUCUGCCUUCCACCGGGAGACCUACGUUUGGUCUCAGAAGAUCAGUGAACACCUCCUUCCUUCCACCACCGCCUACCAUGAGAUCUGGUUGAAGGAUGAGAACGACAACAAGGUACAGGUGGCUGGUGAUGCAGUUGUUGACCACGAGCCUCUCUACGGCCCUACCUACCUGCCCCGCAAGUUCAAGAUCACCAUCGCCAUUCCUCCCCACAACGACACUGAUGUCUAUGCCCAUGAUAUUGGUCUGAUCGCCAUCAAGGGCGCCGAUGGCCACCUUGAAGGUUUCAACGUUCUGGCCGGUGGUGGUAUGGGUACAACCCAUAACAACAAGAAGACCUACCCUCAGACUGGCCGCAUGCUCGGAUUCUUCUCCGCAGACAAGGUCCACAUUGCCUGUGAGAAGAUCAUGCUUGUCCAGCGUGACAACGGUGACCGCAAGAACCGCAAGCACGCUCGUCUGAAGUACACCAUCGAUGAUAUGGGUGUCGAUGUCUUCCGUGGCAAGGUUGAGGACCUUCUGCCGGAAGGCCUGCGCUUCGCCGAGCCUCGCCCAUUCAAGUUUGACUCGAACGUCGACACCUUCGGCUGGAUCAAGGACGAGACCGGUCUGAACCACUUCACCUUCUUCAUCGAGAACGGUCGUAUCGAGGACACCGCCGACUUCGCCAUGCGCACUGGUCUGCGUGAGAUCGCUUCCCUCAACAAGGGCGAGUUCCGUCUCACCGGUAACCAGCAUCUGAUCCUCUCCAGGAUCACUGACGAGGACCUCCCUGUUGUCAAGGAGGUCAUGGCCAAGUACAAGCUGGACAACACGUCCUUCUCCGGGUUGCGUCUGUCGUCUUCCGCUUGUGUUGCUUUCCCCACUUGUGGUCUUGCCAUGGCUGAGUCCGAGCGUUACCUGCCCGUUCUCAUUUCCAAGCUGGAGUCCACUCUUGAGGAGAACGGCCUGGCCCGGGACAGCAUUGUCAUGCGUAUGACUGGUUGCCCCAACGGGUGUGCUCGUCCAUGGCUCGCCGAGGUGGCUUUCGUUGGCAAGGCCUAUGGUGCUUACAACAUGUACCUGGGCGGUGGUUACCAUGGCCAGCGCCUGAACAAGCUGUAUCGCUCCUCCAUUAAGGAGGACGAGAUUCUGGACAUCAUGAAGGGCCUCCUCAAGCGCUACGCCGAGGAGCGCAACACCGAUGGCGAGACGCCUGAGCGCUUCGGUGACUUCUGUAUUCGUGCUGGAGUCAUCAAGGCCACCACUAACGGACAGAACUUCCACGAGGGUGUCGCGGAAGAGGACGACGAGGAGUAA